AUGUCGAUAGCAGAUGGCUCCUACGCUCGAGGCGAUCUUCUAAACGGUUGUAAAGACCUUAUUCCAGGCCUUAAGAAUGCCUACGGUUAUGUGCCCAGCCUAGCAGCUGGAAUCGUCUUUUGUCUCAUCUUUGCCGCUACGGGGAUUUAUCACAUCGUUCGAUCGUUCCAGAAGCGCAAAGCCACUUCGUACCUGCUAACCAUUUCGUCGUACAUCGAACUCAUCGGCUGGAUUGGUCGAACGUGGUCGUCGAAAUGCGUAUACAACAAGAUUGCUUUCCUCCUUCAGAUCACUACCCUCGUCGUCGCUCCCAUCUUUGUCGCUGCCGCCAUCUACGUCACGCUGGGAUAUCUCAUCAAAGCUGUCGGACCUCAAUACUCUGUUAUCAAGCCCAAGCUUUACCUCUGGAUCUUCCUCGUCGUUGAUGUCCUGGCUCUUCUGAUCCAGGCCGGCGGUGGCGGUCUUGCCUCAGGGGCAGCCAACAAGGGCAAAGACACGAAGCCAGGUGCCAACCUUAUGGUCGCUGGUAUCAUCUUCCAACUCGUCAGCAUGACUGGCUUUUGCAUUCUCUUUGCAAUUUUUGUCUUGAGAACACGAGGUCUUGAACUCGCCAAGGGUCAACGCUUCGUCAUCUACGCCACCAUAAUGUCCGUCGUGUUUGUCUACAUCCGAUGCAUCUACCGAACGGUCGAACUCCUUGAGGGUUGGAAUGGGAAGUUGAUGAAGACUGAGGGAUACUUUAUUGGUCUUGAUGGUGUUUGCAUUGCAGUUGCCAUUCUGAUCUUUUGUAUCUUUGAUCCAGCUAUGCUGCUCGAUCAUGAUAAGCAGCCCGAGCUUUCCUUCAACGAGCUCAACACUGUUUCUACAAAGUGA